AUGGCGUCAAUAUCAACCGCAAUAGUCCUGAUCUUAGGAUGUUUGUUUUCCCGCACCUUGACUAACAAACAACACCGUGGUAGAUACUCAUGGUUCCGUACCUCCAAGUACUACCUUCCGCUACCUAUUGCGCUUUCAGGAGUGACAACGUUUUUCCCAAUUGCCGCUGUCAUUCUCAUCCCGUUGGCUACCAAUCUGGCCGCUCGCAUUCGCAGCCGGCGAUCAGACACUACAUCACUGGGGUCCAUUGAAGUUGGCAGAUUUACGAUCAUUCUGGAGCAGCUACUUACAAUAAUCCCAACCGCCCUGGCAGCUUUUGCUAUCUCCUACUUUGCUCCAGAAGAUAUCCUUGGAUGUCGUCUUGAAAACCAAUGGCAGUCAUUCUACUCCCAUAAAAACGCCAUCGCUAUCCGCUCCAUCCAGGAUCGUCUCCAGUGCUGUGGUUUUAGAAGUACACGCGAUCGGGGAUGGCCAUUCCCAAGUGCCUCUGAUAAGCGUGAUUGCACUAGCGCUUUUGGAUAUACGCAGAGUUGCUUUGCUGGAUGGCGGAGUGCACAAAGACAAGCCGCUACUAUGGUUUUUACGGCAGCAAUCUUGAGCCUGGUGAUGAAAUUCAUCCUAUCCUCCCGUCAAUACGGUCUAUCCACCCGCUAUCCCCACCUAUGUUAUUACAUGGCAAAUGGAGAUACAGAAAAUACACAUGGCACACAUGCCAAUGGUUUUCAGCGUAGGCUUAUCACGGACGUCAGCUACCAUGACGAACCUGGUGAAGAUGAGCGCCAUAGGGUGUCCUUACCACCUGCCUCACCUUCCCUAAAUGGAAACCCCUUUGGCGAUACAAAUGGCCACGGGGACGCCGAAAACAACUUGAGUGACAAUUACCACACCGAGGCUUCAGGUGCUUUAUAUAUUUCGAACUUGAGGCCAUGA